AUGCGUCGCCCUUCGGCAGACCUCACCGACCCUUCGCGCAACCUGGAGGAGUCUGUCGGUUCGCCAUCGUCAACCAUGGAAUCAGCAGAUGUUGACUUGUCCAUGCCCCCGAACUCCGACGAGGAGAUAGACGAUGCUGAUGAUGGCCGCAUCUUCACCCCGCCUCCGCACAUCGCCGCCCGGUUUUACCGCUCGUCGCAAGGACUCAGCCGCUUCGUCACGCCGCAACUCCAUCUCCUCGGCCCACUCCCGCUGCUCCUCGACCCAGACCUUCACCCGCCAUGGCGCCCCCAGAGCAAGCAAAUCGCACAGCACCUCCGGCGCACGUCCUUCCUAGAAGACCGAAAGGCUCGCCUCGCGGACCGAGCUGCCCACGCCGAAAAGGUUCGUCUGAGAGCCGCCAUGGCCAAAGCCACCCACCGCGAUACCUCCCUCUCCGAAGAACGAGCCCUCGCCGCCCAGCAAGCCCGCGAGAGGAAUCUGGCCGAAAUCGUGGCCUCUUGUGCCGAGGAGGUCAAGAGGGCCAAGGCCGUGGCGGAGACCAUGAAGGACAAGAGAGAACGCGAGCUGGUCAAGCUCCGCAUACAGAUGGAGGAGCGUUUGGCCGAGGCCGAGCGCCGGCGGGAGGAGCUCAAGAACCGUAAUGCCUCGAAGAGGGCGCGCGGCCAGAGUCUGAUGUCGCGGAAGCCAACCGAGACGUCCUCGAACGCGACCGACAGCGAUGCUCCGCUGCUGAGUGAGCAUGACGCGGCCGCAAGGCUGCAGUGGUGGUGGAAGAGCCGUAUGAGGAAGAGGGCCGUCGCUGAGUUCUCCGAGUUGGGGCUCACCAUUGACGGCGUGCGGGACACGUCCUUUGACGAGGUCCUGGAGCUCUUGGGUCAGGAGAAGGUCCUCGUACGCACCGCGCGCAUUCUGCGGAUCUGUGGUUUGCAGGAGGGCGAGACGGGGUCAGUCGAUGAGAUGGCCGCCGUCCGUACAUUCCUCAGCGCUUUCCUCAUUCUAGGCCAUCCCACGCAGGUCCUGAGCAACAAGGACGGCACGGGGGACAGGGAACAGGUUGGAUUGUUACAGCCUCAACCGUUGCCCCGUAAUGACCUUGCUAAUCCCCAGCUGCAGGACCUCGUGACGAAGGCCCGAGAUCUCCUAAUAUCUUUCGAGAACAUCAUGUCGCGGUUGACUGCUGCCAACAACUACACUCCUCCACCAACUCUGCGGAGCGCACUGCCCGAGAUCUACGCCACUUUUUACAACGCAUUUCUUGCGUGGAAGUCCCGCGACUCCGAGUCUCUUGUGCAGCUUAUGCUCUUACAGUUUGUCGAGCUAGACAUGAUCUUGCAGACAGUGCAGGAAAGCACCGACGACGCUGCCGUAGAGCAAUAUCGAGAGAGUAUCAAGAGCAACCAAGUUCAGCUCAUUGUGCGGAUCAAGAAGCUCGCCGGCCAGGAGAGGGGUAAGAAGAUGAUUGCAGACGCCGUCCGCAAAGCACGCAAGGCGCGGGCGGCAAAGAAGCCCACUGGCGACAUGAAGCCUCGCGUCGCCGAGAACGCUCCCGGGGAGGCUUCUGCUACUGCCGAAAGUCUCGUGUCACCCGAGUCACAGACGCUGACGCCGCCGCCAACGCCAGCCAAGGGGCACACGAAGCCGCAACCCAUUGAGUUCAAACCCGGCUUCAGUGGGUUGCUGCCUGACAACAGAAUCGUGGUUCAUGAGCUGGCCAUCAACCGAGAGUACCGCAUUCCUGCCAGCGAGUACCGGGAGCACCGUACUGCCCUUCAGAUACCCCUAUUCGCAGGCAUGCGGGUGAGUAUGGAGGAAGACAACCUUGACGCCAGCUUUGGAUAUUUCAUCAUCAUGAUGAGGUACUUCAAGGACAAUCUGCAACGGCUGGUGAAGGCAGGCGCCUACAUGCACAACACGAUAGGCGAAAUAUUGGACACGGAGGUGGCCGAGCGCCAGUUCCAGAUGGGAAGCUUCUCUUACGAGAAGUUCUUUGUCUCCAUGGCGUCUCUCCUGCCCAAGUUGUGUGCACCUUUCCGCGAUGACGAGGUCAAGGACUUGGUCGACAACAAGCUUCAGAAUGGAAGUUUGGUUGAUCGGGUUGAGGCGCUGACAGAGUUUGUUGAUUUGAUGCUCUGCGAUUACGUCAAUUACAUGUUCUCCACUGCAGCGCCACAGCUUAUCGAAUCCGCUCCCGAGUACGAGAAGAGGAGGUUCGCUACUGCCUUGGAGACUGGCCAACACGGAUUGGACGCCGCAGAAGCGGCGUGGCGAGCAGCACGCUCCAAGGUCCUGGCUGAAGCCCGCAAACGAGACCCCGAGGGCAUCAACCACCCGAAGUCCCGGCCAACAGACGACAAGAUCUAUGCACAACUGCUCGUUGACUGUUUUACUCAGCCAGCUCCUAUCGCUGUUGAUACAGUGCCCGAGAUGCUAGGCCUCGACUACAAGCGGAUGACGCGUUUGUCCCUCGCCUCUCAGCGAAUCGUCACGACGGGAGCCAUCUUGCUUCAAUGCAAGAAUCUCCUGAAGCGGGACGUGCGCACGCCAUGGAAGACGGAGGCAACGCGCAUCACAGCGGUUCUCGAAGCGGAUCACGAAAACAUGGGCUCAAUAGUGCAGGGCGUCAUGGCGGCCCUCGAAGGCGGGCGGUCGAUGCCAGCUGCGACCAAGACACACCUGAAGGCAUUAGUUACCAAGGUGCUGAACGCAAGCCAAGACUCGAUGAAGAAGAGCGUCGAACCGACGGAGCCGGUGUUGCGACUUCUCCUGGCCCGACUCCGAGGUCACAUGAAUGCCAGACUGACGGCCGGGUCGACCAAGGAGAAACUCAACGCGGCGACGACGGCGCAUGAGAAGCUAGCCGGGCUGGGCCUGGCCGAAUUUGCGGUACAGGUUAGGGAGAUGCUGGAUGAGAUAUCCAAGGUUGGAGCCGUAGACAGAGCGGCUCACGGUAUGUGGUGGAACGAGGUGGCGGCCAAGGUGGCAGCGGAAGGCGAGGCAAGCAACGGAAGCCCGUCUUGA